AGCCGCUUCGACUGAGGUUUGAUGUACUGUUGAAAAAGUGAGACCUCCAGUGUUCCCGCACGAGAAUACUUCUCUACGGGGACGCUAGCGUUGAUAUCACUCGAUCCGUUCAUACGUCAAAGGGGAACGGACGCCAUGUUUGCCGUCAGAAGCGCUCUCCGUCUGGGUCCGAAGCUAUUCAUUCCCGCGUUGGCGAGGCGCGGAUGCGCCGGGACUGCUAUCCCGGUGGACGAUGUGGUCAACGGGCUGACAGAAGAGCAGAUCCAGCUCAGGCAAAGUGUUCGUAAAUUCUGUGCAAAAAAACUUGGGCCCCAUGCUGAGGAGAUAGACAAGAAGAAUGAGUUUACAGGGAUGCGGGAAUUCUGGAAAGAUGCGGGUGAGAUGGGGCUGCUUGGCAUUACUGCACCUGUGGAAUACGGAGGCACUGGAUUGGGCUACCUCGAACACGUCAUCGUUAUGGAGGAAUUCUCUCGUGUGUCGGCGGCCAUCGCUCUCAGCUACGGCGCCCACUCCAACCUGUGCGUCAAUCAGAUGGUGCGCCACGCCAACGAGAAGCAGAAAGAGAAGUACAUGCCAAAGUUAAUGACAGGAGAGCAUGUGGGCGCCUUGGCUAUGAGUGAGCCUAACGCUGGCUCUGAUGUCGUGUCCAUGAAACUCAAGGCGAAGAAGCAAGGUGACUACUACGUUCUGAACGGUAACAAGUUCUGGAUCACAAACGGACCAGACGCCGACGUCCUCAUUGUGUACGCUAAAACAGACGUAGAGGCCUAUCAGAAAGGCAUCACUGCGUUCAUUGUUGAGAAGGGGAUGUCGGGUUUCUCCACAGCACAGAAGCUGGACAAACUGGGUAUGAGGGGGUCAAACACUUGUGAGCUGAUCUUUGAGGACUGCAAAGUCCCAGAGGGGAACAUCCUGGGUCCAUUAAACAAAGGGGUCUAUGUGAUGAUGAGCGGUCUAGAUCUGGAGAGGCUGGUACUCGCAGCUGGACCUGUUGGCAUCAUGCAAGCUGUUUUGGACGCUGCAAUUCCCUACCUACAUGUUAGAGAAGCUUUCGGAGAGAAGAUUGGACACUUUCAGCUGAUGCAAGGCAAGAUGGCUGACAUGUACACCAGGUUGAGCUCCUGUCGGCAAUAUUUGUACAACGUGGCCCGGGCCUGUGACAAAGGACACUUUAGUGCCAUGGACUGUGCCGGAGUCAUUCUGUACUGUGCCGAGAACGCCACCCAGGUCGCGCUGGAUGGCAUUCAGUGUUUGGGCGGUAACGGCUACAUCAAUGACUACCCCGUGGGACGCUACCUGCGGGACGCAAAGCUAUAUGAAAUCGGCGCAGGCACGAGUGAAAUCCGCCGCCUUAUUAUCGGACGAUCCUUCAAUGCCAUGUUCAAGUGAGAGAGAGAGAAAGAGAAGUGCUCUUCUCAAUGAGUGAGAGUGCAAUUUCGUCCACGAGAAACACUUCUUCACACCCUCACGGCCUUAACUUGUUGAACUAAUCAGUGCCGCUGUCCUACAUCAUGUUUGUGAAUCUCUGUUAAUGUUUUAUGUACAUGAAAUUAUGCCACAUUAACACCCGUAGUCUGAACACAUCAGUGCGAAGUAGCCUUCAUGUUCUGUUUUUCAUAUCAAGCAAUUACUUUAAUUACUGAAAUUCCAGAAAUACAGUUGUAAAAUGUUCCUGUUACAUAAGUCAUUUGUCACUUCAUUAAAUUCUAUUAGCAUUUGGAAA